CGUCGAGAAACUUUGGCAGCGUGAGGACUCCGUAGACGUAGACGCCGUGGUGGCCAACAAACAACACAAGUCUGAGUGUGUGCGCCUGUGUGUGUGGGUCAGCGGCAAUGUGCAAAAAUAAAAAAGCUAUAUAUAUUUUAAAUUCAAUAUAGAAAUCCGAAAACAUACAAACGUACGUACGGAGCGGACCGAGCCGAAAGCCAAAAGCCAAAAGCUUGCAGCGGAAAUACUCAAAGGCAAAGUGGAAGUAAAAAGUAUCUGUGCGUUUGUGUGCGCGGCUGCAUUGGUGUGCGGUUGCUAGAAAGUGUGGCCAAAAGUGACAUCACACUCCGGCAGAGUCGCCUUUUGGGGAAGCAUCGUCGCAGUUCCCAUUUCGCAUUUCGCAUUUAUCAGGAGCACGGGUACGGGCUCGAAUACACGUACAACGUGCGAAGAAACAGAGCCAGCGCAGCCAGCCGUUUCGCGGAACGUACUAGAAGCCGCACGCGUCGUCGCUCAAGGUGAGCCGCGAAAUCUCCCCGUCACCUUGCCUCUGUCACCCGACGCGUCCCGUCCCGUCCCGUCCAAAAACUAAUCUCUACAACUCGUGCGACAAGUAGCCGACGUCGAGAAGUCAGAGCCAAAUAUCAACAAAAAAAAUUUUCAAAUUAACGCUACGCAGCGAGACGCGUCGGCAUAGAGAAUCGAUAGCGGUUAGGCCCACGAUAUGAAGCCAACUGUGGCUGCCAACCAGGCCCAUGAGAACGCCGGUCCCGGCGGAAAUGGAGCCCCCGGCGGAGGUGCUGGCUCCGUCAACAUACCCAUCAGCCGGGAGUAUGUGAGCGGCGGUUACGGAUCGCCACAGAAGCACCAGCCGGCGCAGCAGCAGCCCCAAUUCCAGGGCUCCCAGCCGGCCUACGGAUCGCCCAGGCAGCAGUUCCAGCCACACCAGCAGAUGCCCCCCAAUCAGCACUUUCAGUCAACCUUUGGAUUUGAACCGGACAUGGACAUGGAUAUGGACAACAUGUUCCCACGCUCCCGCCUGGGGAGGAUGCACGACCCCUUCGCUGGCUUCGGGGACUCACGUAAGCAAGAUAAUUUUCCUAAUUUUCCUGAAACGCAUUCUUAUAUCUUUUCGGUUUAUUUCGGCCCCUUAGACUUCGGGUUCCCCCAGUUUUCGACUAUGGGACGGCGGGGCCGCAUGCAAGGCGGUGCCAAUAACCAUAUGGAGCAUGAAGACGAUUUCUUUAACCGACUGCCGUCGGAGUUCCGACAAUACAUCCCCGACGGAUUUGGAGCAAGGCGCGGUCCAGCCGGAUCAGCGACAAACGUUUCCGGGCAAACUCCCCCACAGCAGCAACAGCAUCCUCAGCAGUAUCCGCCGCAGCAAUACCAAUACGUACCGCCGCAACAGCCGCAGCAGAAUCCGCAGCAGCAAUACCAAUAUGCACCGGCACAACAACAUCAGCCAGUCUAUGCAGCAGGAGCGCAGCAACAGGUGCCGCAGUCGCCGUCUAAACACCUUUGUGAUGCUGCAAUCCAGACUGAGGAUCCGGCCGGCCGCUCUGAGGUGGACUGCGCCCCACCAUCCACCUUAAACCAACACGGUCUUCGUAAUACUGUGGACAUGGGAGUGAAAAGCGUCGCUGAGCAGGACGCGCAGGGUGCGCGCAGCCACUCCGCUCCUCCUCCAGAACAGCUUCAUCAGAAUCUUAUGCACCAGCAACAGCAGCAGCGCAACACUGCUCCGUCCGGAGGACAGCAGCAACAGUUUGGAACUCAGACCACUCCGCCUGUCCAGGGACAGUACCAUGGCCAGCAGCAGCAGCCGCAGUUCAAAACAUACUACGCGCCCCAGCAGCAAACGAACCCACAGCAAAGGCAGCAGAGUCCGGCGCCUGCUCCGCAGACGCCCGGCGGCAGUUACAUACGGACUAUUCCCAUCUUUGUGGAAGGUCGAACAGAGCCCAUAAUCAAUGCCCACAAGGAGAUCCCCAACCAGAAUGCUCCGUCCAGUGGUCAGACCCAAGCACAGGCAGAAACGCAGCCUACUUUCGCGCCUCAGCAGCAUAGACCCACGCCACUCAAUACUCAGUCCCAGCAGCCACAUCCAGAUCAUCAGGCGCCCGUGGAGGGUUCCGCAGCCGCAGGCGUACCUCCACAGACCCCGCACACACUCGACUCGAUCAACAAAAUUCAGGAUAUCCAGCGCGAUGUGCUCGAGCUGAUGGCCAAGGUGGAACAGUUCAAGGGCACGCGUCAGGACAAGGAGUAUGUCUACCUGGACGAGAUGCUGACCCGCAAUCUUCUCAAGCUGGACACUAUCGACACCAACGGCAAGGAUAGCAUUCGCCUAGCUCGAAAAGAAGCAAUAAAAUGCAUUCAGGCUUCAAUUAAUGUGCUAGAGGCCAAAGCCGAAGAAAACGCUAGGGCAGCGUCAGGAGCAGCAGCUGCAGAAGCCAACGCAGAUGAGACGGUGUCUUCGGACACAGCUGCUGCCCCAGAGGCUGCCGAACAGACCUUGGACCCGGUCAUGCCACAGGAUGCUACCAAAAUCCAGGAGCCCAUCCCAUUGCCAGCGCCACCCAACGCCGGACCAGCAGAGGGGACUUCUGCUCCGGACGCCACCGGGGAACCUUUGGCAUCUUCGGCUGCUGCUGUCGAAGUGAACGACACCACUGAGCAAACUAAAACCGCCACUUCGACAUCCGAAUGAUGAAGAUAUCGCCACUAUAGGGCGACAGUUUCAAAGCAGCUACGUAAAUUAACCAAAUUUAAGUGAUUAGAAAGGGAGGAACAAUCAAGAAACGGAUGGGAAGGCGCCCACUAGAGGACUUAAUAACAGCGGAAGACAUGACUACAUUGAAUUCAAUGUGAACGUGAAUUGGAGGUGCAUGUAAUGUGAAUAUAGAACUUGCGACAUACUUUGUCAGUAGAAGUGAAACCCACGACUACAUAAGCAUGAAAAUCUCUUGUGGCAGCACACCUUACAUUAAACACACAACAUACACCCACCAUUUAGUUUAGGCUAGUAAGGAAAUUGAAACUGAUAUUGAAGAGUGCCUGCAUCGAAUUACGAAGUUAACAGUCAAAAUAUUUUGCAACGAGGUACGGUGAUACCUCAGUUGCUCCGAACUUGAAAGAGCUGAUAAUAUUUAAGAAAAGAGCACCAUGGUUAAUAGCUGCGAUUUGGCAGCCGACAGUCGAGGUCGAAAGGCGUUAGGUAACAAGCCGUUGUAUGAUCUCAUGCAAAUCUACAGAAAAUACGCUUGCCGGGCCCUGACACUUCGACCCAAUCAGCACCUCCAUUCACCCUGAGAACACCGCUCACGGCUUUGCUGCAGCAAAUUGUUAAACAAAGUAAACACGUAUAAAAAAAAACUAUUAUAACUAUUUAUGCUACUAAUUAAUGCAAAAAUAAAUGUAGAUAUUGUUGACCAUA